GAAUCGGGGAAAAUAAUCAAGGACAUCAUGGGUCGAAGAAUAACCGUCGACUAAUUACUUGAUGCAGCAUGCAUUUAAUGAAUUGAACGGACCGAAAAUUUCAACAUUUUCCCAACCUGAACUCGUGGGAAAUAAUUCACUCAAGUGGUAGCAAUUUUGUCCAAAAGGCAAGAUCAGUGGCAAUGGAAGUAACGCGUGCAUGGGUGGAGGGAAGGAAAGCCGUUUUCACCCAACGAAGUCAAAAGCCGUUAACGAGUCCUCCAGGGGUGAAAGUAAUUGAAGUUAAUUGAAGUAGUAAAUCGCCCCCAACCUCGGGCCUUUGACCAGCUCCGAAUUAGUCUAGCAAGAGGAGCCUUGAAAUACAGACAUUACGCCUAGCUUUGAUGUAAAACAUCCCCUGGUGAUCCCAAUCCACUAUCACCGACACGAAGACGAGACGAGAUAAAAGAAAAAAGAAAUGCCGCGUCCCAAAACCACCCAAGAUGGCGUCCACUUUUCGGCCUCUAACACUGAGGCAUGAAAAUAAAUGAAAAUAAAUGAAAAUAAAUUUAAUGCGCGACUUUGUUCAAUUUGAAAAGAAAUUAAAUUUCUCCGCAACGCGAGCCUUUUUAUUUUCUAACAUGCCGUGUCCGAAAGGGUUAAGCAGGACCGUCAGCUUCUAAUCCAGGAUUUCUACGGUCUCGGUGACGUCGGUACCAGAAACUUUGCCGAGGAGAAGUGAAACAGCCGAAAGGUCUGCCAGUUGAGAGAACACCCGGACAGCCAGCUUUCAUCCGCUGAAAGGAUUAGGAAGCACGGGAAGUGAGCAACGUCACGAAGAGGCGCAUCGAUAUAUAAGGGGCUGAUCGAAGUCCCUGGAGGCCAGUUCCCAGACCCGGACCACCGGCGAAGAGCACCCAGGGAACCAUGGUGGUCAACUUCAAGGUCUUCAAGAAGUGCUCGCCCAACGGCAAGAUCGCCGUCUACCUGGGCAAGAGAGACUUCAUCGACUACCUGUCGGGGGUGGAGCCGGUGGACGGAGUCAUCCUCCUGGACCAGGACUACGUGAACAGCGAGCGGAAGAUAUGGGGCCAGCUGGUCUGCAGCUUCCGCUACGGCCGAGAGGAAGACGAGGUGAUGGGCCUGAAUUUCCAGAAGGACCUCUACCUGGUCUCGGAGCAGGUCUUCCCGGUGCAGAAGCGGGAGGCCACCCUGACCAAGCUGCAGGAACGACUCCUGAGGAAGCUGGGACCGAACGCGGUGCCCUUUACCUUCCAGUUCCCACUUAGCUCGCCAUCCAGCGUCACCCUGCAACCAGGUCCUGACGAGACUGGGGAACCCUGUGGGGUGAGCUACUACAUCAAGGUCUUCAGCGGGGAGAACGACGGAGAUGCCACCCACCGUCGCAGCACCGUCUCCCUGGGCAUCAGGAAGAUCCAGUACGCGCCUACGAAACAGGGUCGUCAGCCUUGCACGGUCGUCCGGAAGGACUUCCUGCUCAGUCCUGGUGAACUGGAGCUGGAAGUCACCCUGGACAAGCAGUUGUACCACCAUGGGGAGAGGAUCGCCGUCAACAUAUCCGUCAGGAACAACAGCAACAAGCUCGUGAAGAAGAUCAAGGCGCUGGUCCAGCAGGGCAUAGACGUCGUCAUCUUCCAGAAUGGCCAGUUCAGGACGGUCAUCGACGCCGUCGAGACCCAGGAUGGGUGCCCCAUCAGUCCGGGCUCCAACCUGCAGAAGGUAUUGUAUCUUAAGCCCGACCUGGAGAACAACAGGAACAGAAGGGGAAUCGCUAUGGAUGGACGUAUGAAGAGGGAAGAGUCGGCUUUGGCGUCCAGCACCCUCCUGACCUCGGCCGACGUCAGGGACUCCUUCGGCAUCGUCGUCUCCUACGCCGUCAAGGUGAAGUUGUACCUGGGCGCUCUUGGAGGGGAACUGGCCGCGGAGCUGCCGUUCAUCCUGAUGCAUCAGAAGCCCUCGGAGAGGGUCAAGUUGGCACCAGCUGGAGAGAAAACUGAAGAACCCACCAAGGAGGAACUCCAGAUGGAAGUCGUCGACCCAGCGAGCAGUUAAUCUGGAAACUCGGCUUGCUGGACGAUGGUCGGUCCUCUUCUUCCUGGAGAACCAAAGAUGGCGGUAAAGAUGCGAUUGCGAUGAGCGACAGCUCGUUCUUUUUUGUGUUUUUUUUUUUCAUCAUCUUGGAUCAUCAUCGCGAAAGAUGAAGGGAAGCCAAGCUUUACUCGAAGAUGAAUAAAGCCAGCAGUUAAUUAGGAAACUCGACUUGUCGGACGAUGGUCCUCUUCUUGGAGAACAAAAAAUGGCGGUACCGAUGCGAUUGCGAUGAGCGACGGCUCGUUUUUUAUUUUUUUUUUGUCAUCUUGGAUCAUCAUUGCAAACGAUGAAGGGAAGCCAAGCUUUGCUUGAAGAUGAAUAAAGCCAGCAGUUAAUUAGGAAACUCGACUUGCUGGACGAUGGUCCUCUUCUUCUUGGAGAACCAAAAAUGGCGGUACCAAUUUGAUUGCGAUGAGCGACGGCUCGUUUUUUUAAUUUUUUUUUGUCAUCAUGGAUCAUCAUUGCAAACGAUGAAGGGACGCCAAGCUUUACUUAAAGAUGAAUAAAGCCAGCAAUUAAUUAAGAAACUCGGUUUGCUGACGAUGGUCCUCUUCUUCUUGGAGAACCAAAAAUGGCGGUACCGAUGCGAUUGCGAUGAGCGACGGCUCGUUUUUUUUGUUUCUUUUUUUUUAAUCAUUUUUGACCAUCAUUGCGAACGAUGAAGAGACGCCAAGCUUUACUCGAAGACGAAUAAAGGUGGCGACAUUUAUCGAUUUGCGUGGUCUUGUCGAUGGGAAGUCAAAAAAUGGGGUUUAAGACGUGGACCGAUAUGCAAAUUAAUUCUUGGGCUCGAAAAGAGUCGACCUUCGGAUCUCUGAUCCUUGUAAUCUCGUUCGUACGAUUCGAUUUGAUAAGUGAUUAGCUUUUACGUGCGUUUUGUCAUGAUGACCGCACGUAGCGAUAGAACGAUUGACUUGUAUAUACGGAAUGUGAGUUUCAAAUAGGCCUCUGAUGGAAUGAUUAUUUAUAAACGUCAUAAUUGCGGAACAAGAACAAUUAAUCGGAUGACUGAUAAGAGACAAAUCCAAGGUGUAUCGUGAAACAAUCACCUUAUCGUGGACGAUUCCAAUGUAUCGCUUGUUUAUACGAAGCUAGUGUUAUUGUUAUGUUUAUUUAAUAGUUUUUAUGACAUCUUUACGUCUAUGUUGCAAUAGUCAUUUUUCUUCACGGUAAUGAAACUUCUGUAAUGAGUUAACAAUAGUUUCGGUUAAAUGUGUUACGUUACUUUAACUGUCUGCGGCUUUAUUUAAAUAAAAGCAUUAACGAGAGCAGGCCCUUUUUCAAUCCCAUGUAAUUACAGCGAUUUUCAGUACUUAUUGGUAAAGAUAACCGACGGAUAUAUUGUUAAUGUUUGUCAAUUUGAAGUGCCGAAAUUCGGCGCCGUUCG